GUACGUGCAGCUGCAGUGGCAGUGAAGGUGGAGAACCUCCCUCUUCCCACUACCUGCUCUGGAAACUGCUCAACAACCAACUAGGGACAACCCAGCCGGAUACAGCAUGUGAGAGCCCUCCUGAGCACAUCAGUUACGCCAGAUGCAAUUGCUGUAAGGAACUAAAAAGAAACAUUUUCUGAAGCUGGGAAGCUUUUAUAGAGGAAGAUGGAGAACCCACUUCUUUUAUUCCCCCAACUAAAUAUUUCUGCCUCAAAGGAUAAAUCCUAUUACAAAGUCAUGAAAUCAACAACUAAAGAAGAGCCACAUAAAACAAGCAAGCCUGGAGCUAAGCAGAAGAGAAAUAGGCUGAGUCUUCUCCUGCAGAAAUCUGAAUUCCAUGAAGGUGAUCAUCUUGGUAAACCUGGAAACUUGACAAAAGCAGCAAGUGUGUCUCCUGAAGAAGCAGUGAAAUGGGGAGAAUCUUUUGACAAACUGCUUUCUGAAAAAGCUGGAUUGGAUGCGUUUACGAAGUUUCUGAAAACUGAGUUCAGCGAGGAGAACAUCGAGUUCUGGAUAGCUUGCGAGGAUUACAAGAAAAGCAAAACUGCACAUGAACUUUUGCCAAAAGCUAAGACCAUUUAUGAAACAUUCAUACAGAAAGAUGCUCCAAAAGAGGUGAAUUUGGACUUUCACACCAAAGAAGUCACAAGCCAGAAUAUUGAACAGCCCAUCAUCACCACCUUUGAUGCAGCACAAAACACAGUCUACAGGCUGAUGGAGCAAGACAGCUACCCACGCUUCCUAAGAUCUGAUCCUUAUUUAAAUUUGGUUAAGGGGAGAAAUCCCAGUCGCCCUACCCUUAGGAGACGAUCACGGUCUUUUACUGUCAAUGAUUUCCAGGGUGUACGACCAGACUUUACCGCUUGGUAACAGGGAAACUCAACCCUCAUAAAUUCUAGCUAAUGCAGCAACUUGUGUAUGCUUUAAAAUCCAAACCCUUAGCAGGUGUAAAUGAGUGGAAAGCAAAGUUAUGUGCACUUAUACCAGGUCAGAGUUCUGUAGCUGGUGAUUAAUCUCAUUUAUUAUAGA